CUGGGACUUGGUGAGGAGAGUCUGACCAAAUACUUAGCUUAGCGAAAUAAGACCUUCAGAAACUUAAAUGGAGGUUUUCAUUUUUCUUUUCGGUUGCUGCUUAUUGACGCCGUUUGUCGCCGGUGAUGAUCUGUUACCAUCGGAACUCCGGGUCGACGGUUACACGCAUCGUAUCGGAGACUGCGUUGGCAGCGACAUCACGAAGAUCACUAAGACAACGGUAGCGGAGUGUGCGAGAGAGUGUAACGCCUUGGAAAACUGCAAGUCCUUCUUGUACAACAGCAGGUGGUACGCAGGAAAUUACUGUUGGCUAAAGAAUAGUGCGUGUCCGCGGUUGACAUGGGAGGCUUCGACCAAUUACCACUUCUAUACAAAGACAGAUGAAGUUCAAGUAGUUAACGCUACUGAAACAAUCUAUUCAGUGAGUGACUGCCUGAGUUCCGGCAACUGCUGGGUUAGGUACAACUUCUCGGCACCUUCGACCUGGAAUGAUUGCGCUGGGGGAGCAAAGUACGUCAAGAAGACUAGCUAUUCCGGGGGGAGGUUCUUGGGAGUGGAACUCUGCUCCCCGACAAAGUACAAGUUGUUCCUCUCCAACGAUCUUACCUCAGAGUACAAACACAUUGCCGAUGGUUCCGGCUUUGGAGAUGAUCACUGCGAGUUUAUGGGUGGCGAAAGGGAUGAUUCAAGAGCCUCGAGAGAAGGAACAGCACAUGCUCCAAAAGCAAUAGGUUUUCGUCGAUCACACUGGGGUGACCUUGUAGGAUAUGGCAAGAUCGGGCGAGCGAACGGCUUCUGGUACUACCCAAAGUCUUACACAUGCGGCGUAACAGUCCCUGGUUCUGCCAGGGUUAUUGAGUACAGUAGUUCUCCCGGUGAAACUUUUGUGACAUCUACCAUAACACCUACAACAACGGUAGUCUCUAGUGAUACUACAUCAACAACAGAGCAAUUACAAGUAGUUAACGCUACUGAAACAAGCUAUUCAGUGAGUGACUGCCUGAGUUCCGGCAACUGCUGGGUUAGGUACAACUUCUCGGCACCUUCGACCUGGAAUGAUUGCGCUGGGGGAGCAAAGUACGUCAGGAAGACUAACUAUUCCGAGGGGAGGUUCUUGGGAGUGGAACUCUGCUCUCCGACAAAGUACAAGUUGUUCCUCUCCAACGAUCUUACCUCAGAGUACAAACACAUUGCCGAUGGUGACGGCAUUGGAGAGGAUCACUGCGAGUUUAUUGGUGGCGAAGCGGAGAAUGCAAGGGCCUCGAAAGAAGGAGCAAAAUAUGCUCCAAGCGCAAUGGGUUUUCGUCGACACAAAUGGGGUGGGGCUCUGAUAUAUGGCAAGAUCGGUCGAGCGAACGGCUUCUACUACUACCCAAAGUCUUACACAUGCGGCGUAACAGUCCCUGGUUCAGACAGGGUUAUUGAGUACAGUAGUUCUCCCGGUGAAACUUUUGUGACAUCUACCAUAACACCUACAACAACGGUAGUCUCUACUGAUACUACAUCAACAACAGAGCAAUUACAAGUAGUUAACGCUACUGAAACAAGCUAUUCAGUGAGUGACUGCCUGAGUUCCGGCAACUGCUGGGUUAGGUACAACUUCUCGGCACCUUCGACCUGGAAUGAUUGCGCUGGGGGAGCAAAGUACGUCAGGAAGACUAACUAUUCCGAGGGGAGGUUCUUGGGAGUGGAACUCUGCUCUCCGACAAAGUACAAGUUGUUCCUCUCCAACGAUCUUACCUCAGAGUACAAACACAUUGCCGAUGGUGACGGCAUUGGAGAGGAUCACUGCGAGUUUAUUGGUGGCGAAGCGGAGAAUGCAAGGGCCUCGAAAGAAGGAGCAAAAUAUGCUCCAAGCGCAAUGGGUUUUCGUCGACAUAAAUGGGGUGGGGCUCUGAUAUAUGGCAAGAUCGGUCGAGCGAACGGCUUCUACUACUACCCAAAGUCUUACACAUGCGGCGUAACAGUCCCUGGUUCAGACAGGGUUAUUGAGUACAGUAGUUCUCCCGGUGAAACUUUUGCGACAUCUACCAUAACACCUACAACAACGGUGGUCUCUACUGAUACUACAUCAACAACAGAGCAAUUACAAGUAGUUAACGCAACUGAAACAAGCUAUUCAGUGAGUGACUGCCUGAGUUCCGGCAACUGCUGGGUUAGGUACAACUUCUCGGCACCUUCGACCUGGAAUGAUUGCGCUGGGGGAGCAAAGUACGUCAGGAAGACUAACUAUUCCGAGGGGAGAUUCUUGGGAGUGGAACUCUGCUCCCCGACAAAGUACAAGUUGUUCCUCUCCAACGAUCUUACCUCAGAGUACAAACACAUUGCCGAUGGUUCCGGCAUUGGAAGUGAUCACUGCGAGUUUAUGGGUGGCGAAUGGAAUAAUGCAAGAGCCUCGAAAGAAGGAGCAGAGAAUGCUCCAAGCGCAAUGGGUUUUUAUCGAUCUAACCGGGGUCGGGCUCUGAUAUAUGGCAAGAUCGGGCGAGCGAACGGCCACCGGUACUACCCAAAGUCUUACACAUGCGGCGUAACAGUCCCUGGUUCUGCCAGGGUUAUUGAGUACAGUAGUUCUCCCGGUGAAACUUUUGUGACAUCUACCAUAACACCUACAACAACGGUGGUCUCUAGUGAUACUACAUCAACAACAGAGCAAUUACAAGUAGUUAACGCUACUACUGAAACAAGCUAUUCAGUGAGUGACUGCCUGAGUUCCGGCAACUGCUGGGUUAGGUACAACUUCUCGGCACCUUCGACCUGGAAUGAUUGCGCUGGGGGAGCAAAGUACGUCAGGAAGACUAACUAUUCCGAGGGGAGAUUCUUGGGAGUGGAACUCUGCUCCCCGACAAAGUACAAGUUGUUCCUCUCCAACGAUCUUACCUCAGAGUACAAACACAUUGCCGAUGGUGCCGGCAUUGGAGAUGAUCACUGCGAGUUUAUGGGUGGCGAAGCGGAGAAUGCAAGGGCCUCGAAAGAAGGAGCAGAAUAUGCUCCAAGCGCAAUGGGUUUUCAUCGAUCUAGCUGGGGUCGGGCUCUGAUAUAUGGCAAGAUCGGGCGAGCGAACGGCCACUGGUACUACCCAAAGUCUUACACAUGCGGCGUAACAGUCCCUGGUUCAGACAGGGUUAUUGAGUACAGUAGUUCUCCCGGUGAAACUUUUGUGACAUCUACCAUAACACCUACAACAACGGUAGUCUCUAGUGAUACUACAUCAACAACAGAGCAAUUACAAGUAGUUAACGCUACUACUGAAACAAGCUAUUCAGUGAGUGACUGCCUGAGUUCCGGCAACUGCUGGGUUAGGUACAACUUCUCGGCACCUUCGACCUGGAAUGAUUGCGCUGGGGGAGCAAAGUACGUCAGGAAGACUAACUAUUCCGAGGGGAGAUUCUUGGGAGUGGAACUCUGCUCCCCGACAAAGUACAAGUUGUUCCUCUCCAACGAUCUGACCUCAGAGUACAAACACAUUGCCGAUGGUGCCGGCAUUGGAGAUGAUCACUGCGAGUUUAUUGGUGGCGAAGCGGAGAAUGCAAGGGCCUCGAAAGAAGGAGCAGAAUAUGCUCCAAGCGCAAUGGGUUUUCAUCGAUCUAGCUGGGGUCGGGCUCUGAUAUAUGGCAAGAUCGGGCGAGCGAACGGCCACUGGUACUACCCAAAGUCUUACACAUGCGGCGUAACAGUCCCUGGUUCAGACAGGGUUAUUGAGUACAGUAGUUCUCCCGGUGAAACUUUUGUGACAUCUACCAUAACACCUACAACAACGGUAGUCUCUAGUGAUACUACAUCAACAACAGAGCAAUUACAAGUAGUUAACGCUACUGAAACAAGCUAUUCAGUGAGUGACUGCCUGAGUUCCGGCAACUGCUGGGUUAGGUACAACUUCUCGGCACCUUCGACCUGGAAUGAUUGCGCUGGGGGAGCAAAGUACGUCAGGAAGACUAACUAUUCCGAGGGGAGAUUCUUGGGAGUGGAACUCUGCUCCCCGACAAAGUACAAGUUAUUCCUCUCCAACGAUCUGACCUCAGAGUACAAACACAUUGCCGAUGGUGCCGGCAUUGGAGAUGAUCACUGCGAGUUUAUGGGUGGCGAAGCGGAGAAUGCAAGGGCCUCGAAAGAAGGAGCAGAAUAUGCUCCAAGCGCAAUGGGUUUUCGCCGAUCUAGCUGGGGUUUUGCUCUGAAAUAUGGCAAGAUCGGGCGAGCGAACGGCCACUGGUACUACCCAAAGUCUUACACAUGCGGCGUUACAGUCCCUGGUUCAGACAGGGUUAUUGAGUACAGUAGUUCUCCCGGUGAAACUUUUGUGACAUCUACCAUAACACCUACAACAACGGUAGUCUCUAGUGAUACUACAUCAGCAACAGAGCAAGUACAAGUAGUUAACGCAACUGAAACAAGCUAUUCAGUGAGUGACUGCCUGAGUUCCGGCAACUGCUGGGUUAGGUACAACUUCUCGGCACCUUCGACCUGGAAUGAUUGCGCUGGGGGAGCAAAGUACGUCAGGAAGACUAACUAUUCCGAGGGGAGAUUCUUGGGAGUGGAACUCUGCUCCCCGACAAAGUACAAGUUGUUCCUCUCCAACGAUCUUACCUCAGAGUACAAACACAUUGCCGAUGGUGCUGGCAUUGGAGAUGAUCACUGCGAGUUUAUUGGUGGCGAAGCGGAGAAUGCAAGGGCCUCGAAAGAAGGAGCAGAGAAUGCUCCAAGCGCAAUGGGUUUUCGUCGAUCUAGCUGGGGUCAGGCUCCGGUAUCUGGCCAGAUCGGGCGAGCGAACGGCCACUGGUACUACCCAAAGUCUUACAUAUGCGGCGUAACAGUCCCUGGUUCUGCCAGGGUUAUUGAGUACAGUAGUUCUCCCGGUGAAACUUUUGUGACAUCUACCAUAACACCGACGACGACGAUGGUCUCUGACACUACAUCAACAACAGAUACACGUAGAACCACGGAGAAGAUUCGCAUUUUUUCUGUUGCUGCUAGAAUCACAUUGGCUCCACGUGACCACAAGGUAAAGGAUGGAGGUGCCGUCAGUUUUGUAUGCCAGGCAUCUGGUAGUCCAGUCCCGGAUAUCGAGUGGUUGAAAAAUGGUAAAAGAGUGCCGACUCGUGGUCGAUAUAAAGUACUUGACAUGCCUUUUGGUUCGGUCUUAAGAAUUGAACCGGUAGAAGUGGAAUUCGAAAAAUACAAUGCGACGAUAUCAUGUGUUGCACAAAGUGGAAUAGGAGAACCAGCGCGAGUCUCAGCUAACUUACAAGUCUAUCCUCCAGGUCGAGUACCAAGUGGCUUUCCUACAAUUACUCAGAAUCCAAGCUUACGUGCUGUCGAAAAGGGCCGUACCUCGGUAAUGUCUUGCGCUGCCACGGGAAAUCCAGCCCCGACCAUAACAUGGCUGAAGGACUUUAUACCGGUUGAGUUGAGUAACCCUCGGCUGACCCUUCUUAGUUCUGGCUCGUUGCAGAUUGAGAAAAGUAAUCACACUGAUGAAGGCCGCUACGAGUGCGUGGCGGAAAAUAGUGUGGGUGAAACGUAUUCAUAUCCCGCUUCGCUUUACGUUCGAGUGCGUAGAGUACCACCUCACAUAACGAGUCUUCCAAAAAGUAUCGAAGUCCUGCCUGGCGGAUCGGUCAAUCUUACGUGCGUUGCUGCAGGCUCUCCCAAGCCAUAUGUGAAAUGGCGAAGGGCAGACGAGGAACUUACACCAGAAGAAAACGUCCAGAUGGGAGAAAACGUCUUAAUGCUGACGAACGUGCGAGAGUCAGCUAAUUAUACUUGCGAUGUGGCUAAUAUCCUGGGUGCCAUAAGUGCAGUAGCCGAGGUCAAGGUCAAAGCAAUCGUUCCCGGAGUUGAACUUCCCGAGGCGCUCGCAUCCUGCAGCAUGAAAAAGGUCGGCAGUGCCGCGCUGCGUGAGAUCGGCAUGGACGUCACAUCGAUGGGCUCAGAGGGCUUGUGUGGAGAUAAAUGCCGCGAGAACGUGAUGUGCGAUAGCGCCACCUUCAAUAAGGAUAAGAACGAAUGUCUGCUUCAUCUCAGACAAGGAUUUGCGAUGCCGCGACUAGCACGGAAUAGCUGUUGUACGACGUAUAUGAAGGUGUGCCCUUUGAUAAAAAGUCCCGUACCACCUCCCAAAGAACAAAUCCUGUGCCCCCUCGACCUGGGCAACAGUAAACCUUCCGAUAAGUAUGCGUAUAGAGUUCUAAGGCUAAAGAAUAACUUUGAACGCGGACUGUACUCAUGCCGUACAGACGAGCUGUGUGCUGGAAUUUCAUUUGAGAUUCAGAGCGGGAACCGCGUCGAUUUCACCUAUUAUUACAAUACAACCUCUGAGCCUGGCGCCUCGUUUUUCAACUCGGCCCGCCAGGCCAUCAAGAACUGUAGAACAAGCGGACCAACAUGCAGACAUCUGAAGGCGGUUUUUGGUAUGACCCUUACGAACAUCACCCAAUACCGCAAAAAGACAGCGGUGGAAACAAAGGCUGGGUGCGUUGCCUCCUGUGAAAGAGAUCAAGGUGUAUGCUCGGCAGCAACAUUUCGUUGGAGAGACAAGGAAUGCUUGCUCUAUCAUUUCCCCGAGGACUAUGAGUAUCAGUUAGCACCAUCUGAUUUGAUGGUGUCGACCUGGAUUGAGGACCCAAGUCUGUGCUCCGUGCGGCGUGGCGGUGAAUAUGAUUAGAGCGAUAUAGAGUCUGACUCGGACUUGGUCUAACUUCGAUAGAACUAUCGACGGCCGAGUUGCUGCUCUAGCUGAUACCACUCGCAUAAACCGGAUACAUGCACAUAACGGACUGUAUUUCAAGUUCCGGCCCCGCCUUGUUUGUUUUCAAUAUGUUUUUUAACAUCGGACAUGGUUCUCUUUACAAAUUAUAUUGGACAUUGUCUGGUCAUGCGUAUAGGCCCUAACGGAUUUCGUAUAAAAUUCCCUAAAUAAUAAUGGAUAUGUAUUGUAUUUGUCAUUAUCAUCUUGCGAAAUUAUAGCAAACUGCAUGUACAUUAGGAACGUUUACAUUAUCAUUAUCUGUAUAGGCGACCUUUUCCAAAUUGCUCCGCCGUCUUUUUUGGUUUGGGAGUUCAUAAUGCACACCCAAUGCCAACACAAACAUGACGAAAGCUCUUAUAUUCGCAGCGUUUGAGGGCUCGAAAAUAUUAUAAAGAUGCAGGUUGAAGAUCACCACAACAUAAACAUCCACCGAUUAGAUUAAGUAUAAUAACAUGUAAUCACUAGAUAACUGUAGCAACCUUGGAGAUGAAGAUGUAUUGCGAGUCAGUAGGAUGCGCAACCUCCUCUCUAAUACUAAAAUCACCAUAUAUUGUAUUUCUAAGUAAUAGAGCAAGCAAUAUCA